CAAGAAGCUGGAAAAGUACAGGAAACGGUACCGAAAACGCAGGAAAACGGAAACGAGAACGGGCUUAGUGUAGAGGACAUUUUAUUUGGCGUAUAACCUUAUACUGAUUUUUUUUCUUGGUUGUUUUACUCCCACUACCCUUACACUGGGGAGUUUCUCUGCCCUAAUGCCGCUGGGUCUUGGCCGUAGGAAAAAAGCCUCUCCUUUAAUGGAGGAAGAUGAUGUGGGAGAACGCAGCAGUCUUGGGGUGUCCCAGAUAGGUGGGCUACCUGGUGGCUCCAUCUCCCCUCUACCACCGGGAUUACCACCACCUGCCACUGCACUGCGUCCCAGGCUCGUCUUUCACGCUCAACUUGCACAUGGGAGUCCCACUGGCAGAAUUGAAGGAUUCAGCAACGUGAAAGAGUUGUAUGGAAAAAUUGCAGAGGCCUUCAACAUACCUGUAGGGGAGGUGAUGUUCUGCACGCUAAACACCCACCGGCUGGACAUGGAUAAACUGCUGGGAGGGCAAAUAGGUUUGGAGGAUUUUAUUUUUGCUCAUGUACGGGGACAGAGGAAGGAGUUGGAUGUCUAUAAAUCCGAGGAGUCUCUUGGACUUACCAUCACAGACAAUGGGGCAGGAUAUGCUUUUAUAAAGCGGUUUUUCAGUAGAAUAUUGUUACAAGCUCGGCCUGAGGGUAAAGCUCGUGAGAAACAGAAGGGCCCAGUGUUUACACACAUGAUCUCCCAACGCUCUAGUUCAGGUUUGUCUAAUUCUGGGAUGUCACAGUCGGGCAGAGGAACAUUGCGUCUCAGGGCAAAGGGGCCACCCACAGUUGAAGAGUUGAUGUCUGUUAUUGAAGAGAAAGCAAUACAAAAAGUAGAUGAUCUUCUGGAAAGUUACAUGGGCAUCAGAGACAGUGAGCUAGCUGGCACCAUGGUGGAGCUAGGUCUGGAUAAACAGAACCCAGAUGACUUUUCUCAAGCCUUGGACCGCUCUCUUGGAGACUUUGGAUUCCCAGAUGAGUUUGUAUUUGAUGUCUGGGGGGCAAUAGGAGAUGCUAAGGCUGGACGCUACUAAACACUUUUCCAUCUCAUUCGUCUCCCCUAAGGGGAGUAACUUGCUGCUGACCCUACAACCUCUUCAACACAAGAAACUGCUUCUAUUACAAUUGAGAUGUAUUGUGUUGGAGCUAUAAACUCUUGAAUUGCUGAAUGAGGAGACUGACUCUCUGCUAUCGGAAGGAUAUCAUUUUUGCUGCCAGUUAAAAAUUCCGUUACAAGCACAAAUGUGCCUCUUCGAUAUAUGCUAAGGACUGAAUUUAUCCUGCUGAAGCUUUAUCCACUUUAAUGACUUUUUGGAGAAGAGGCCUAGCAUUAAGCACCUUUCGCUAAUGACUUUCAACAUCUCGGGGGCCUUGUGAAAAUGACAUUGUUACUGCCAUACCUCCCAUUGUUAAAUGGGCAGUAGUACUCCUUAAUUCCAUUAAGAAGGCUUUUAUAGGUUGGUGCUCUCAUCCUUAACUGUACUCCUAUCUUUCUAAAAGCAGGGAUGGGUCCCACAAUAUUUGACACCAGAGACUACACACUAAAGAAAUUCUAGGAACACUACUGUUCAGCUGCAAACUUCAAAAACGUUUUAGUAAAAUACAUAGGACUAAAUAUUUGGAACUAAUGUUUUGUAGGGUAGGAUGGUGUUUAAUGUCAUAAAAUUUCUAAAUAUUAGAGUAGAUGGUGUUUCCCUGUGAUGGGGUUAGGUGUACUCCUAAUAGGAUUCUGUUACAUAAUUUGAUACAGUGAAACUUUUAUUAUGUGAUGAAAGUGUCUCCUGUAGAUGUAAUGUAGUCAAACUGUCCUUUUCUUUCUUAAAGGGUCCUUCAUUUUAUCAAUGGUCUGCCUGUAUUAUUCUACUUGAUUGCUAAAUUAAAGGGACAUAAAAGUUCAAAAAGAAAAUGGUCUGAUUUUAUUAUUGCAAAGGAGUUAAACACCUAGUUUAAAGUGAAUGUAAAUUUUGAUGCUAAA